AUGCCAACAGAAGCUGUCCACCACCUCAGUCGUGCUCAUUUUACAAUCGCAAUUAUAUGCCCGCUUCCCCUGGAGGCAGAAGUGGCGAUACCGCUGUUUGACACGGUCUACGAUAGAACUGUCUAUGAAAAAUACGGUCCUGUACGAAAUGACCCCAACCACUAUACGCUGGGCCGCAUUGGCUGUUACAACGUGGUUCUGGCCCACAUGGGUGGUUGUGGGAAAGCCGAAUCAUCCAGCGUGGCCAGUAAUAUCAAACAAAGCUACCCCGGCAUUGAACUGGCCCUUUUAAUAGGGAUCUGUGGAGGAGUGCCUUACAGGACGGACGUGGGUCCAACACAACGCAGGAGAGAUGUUUUCCUCGGCGAUGUGAUAAUUAGCAGCGCGAUUAUUCAAUAUGAUUUGGGGAAAAGACUUCCGCACCGAUUUGUGCGCAAGAAUACGUCAGAGUCCAAUUUAGGGCGAGCGAGUCUGCAGAUCGGAUCAUUCAUGACCUGCUUAGAGUCGCGUCAUGGCGACCUCUCCAAAGACCAACAGGGGCAUCUUCAGACUAUACAAGGUAGCAAGGAUGUGCCAUAUCCUGGUAUUAAAAGCGUUAUCCUAUUUAAAGCUGAAUACAAGCAUCGCGUACGCUGUCUGUGUAUCAGUGAUGCCAGCGGGGACCCAAGUGUCGUGGACCGCCGUCGUGUGGACUCUGAUGGGGCUCCGUAUAUCCAUAUUGGCCGGCUUGCCUCUGGAGAUACUGUGAUGUGCUCUGCCAAGGAUCGAGACAAGAUUCCAAGCGCGAGGAAGUUCUUGGUUUUGAGAUGGAAGGGGCCGGCCCAUAAGAAUGAUACUUGGCAAUACUACGCAGCUGCGAGUGCAGCGGCUUGCAUGCGUGCUCUCCUGGAUCAGAAUCCCAUUUCGAAUGCGACAUCAUCAGCGGGCCUGGCCCAGGAUAUAAUUGCCUCCCAGUUUAAUCCGCGAAAAAGACCCGCAGAGACUUCUGAAGACUCCAGUAACGAACGGGAAAAGGCGUGCCUUGAUCUAUUAACUUUCCCCCAAGCUCAAUAUCGCCUGGACGAGAUUAUGGAUCCCCUCAGUACGACAUGCAUUUGGGUACUAGAACGACCAGAAUAUAAGACAUGGAUGAGCGGGGAGGAUUUAAAAAGUCACGGAGGAUUUUUCUGGAUCAAAGGGAAGCCCGGAGCCGGAAAGUCGACGCUCAUGAAACACCUCCUUUCAAAGGCAAAGCAAACUGGAAAAGACACAAUCAUCUCCUCUUUCUUUUUCCAUGCCCAAGGGGUGGACCUAGAGAGGAACACUGUGGGUAUGUAUCGCUCACUCUUGCACCAGCUUCUCUCAUCUACUGCCGUUCCAUCGAGUGCCAAACAGCCCUACUUUAGCUUUGCAGCGAAGAUGCUAAGUCAAGAUGACGGCAUAAAUUGGACAAUCCGAGACUUGAAACAUCAGCUGUUAUCGCUCAUCCGAUUGCUGAACAACCGCUACGUGUUCUUCUUUAUUGAUGCUCUGGACGAAUGCGACCAAGCCGAGAUGGAGGACAUGAUACCGUUCCUCGAGCACUUGGGGCACUCUUUGAAUGCAUGCGAUGUUCAUCUGAGAAUCUGUCUGGCAAGCCGACACUAUCCACAACUCAAUAUUGAGCGUGGCAUUGAGUGGGUCUUGGAGUACCAGCAGGAGCAUCAAGGCGACAUGCGGAAGUACGUUGAGACGAAAUUGAAAGGGGGCAAGUCAAAAAUGCUCCAAGAGAUUAGAGAAGAAGUGUGCGCCCGAGCAUCCGGUGUAUUCCUCUGGGUUAUACUUGUAGUUCGAUCGCUAAAUGAUGCGUUCGCCAAGGGCAAAAUCCACGCCGUACGUCAACGGCUGGAUGAAAUCCCGGACGGGCUCGAUGAGCUUUUCACCGAUAUGCUGACCAGAGACACUGAUGAAAUUGAUGACCUUAUCUUUUGUCUUCGACUCAUCCUGUUUGCACAACGUCCAUUGUCCAAGGAUGAGUUUUACUUCGGGGUGCUGUUUACCAAAAACGGCUUGAUCAAAAGAGAAGGCGAAUGGCACAUUGACCCGCACAUUGAGAACUUUAUCCUCAACGUCUCCAAAGGCCUCGUGGAAAUUACCCGCACCAAAGCUCGCAUAGUACAUUUCAUUCACGAGUCAGUGCGAGAUUUUCUACUACGACGGGACGGUUUUAGCAAACUCCAGGCUGGGUCGAGCGCGAACACAAUCGGGAACGCCCAUAACGAGCUUGCACAAAUCUGCUUCCGAUACAUCUGUCAAAUCAAGCUCAUGGCCGCAAAGGAGCUUCGAAGACCCUGUGUAUGGCCACCCCUAGUAUGGCCACCUCAAGUCGAGAACUAUCUGGAUGCAGAAACCCCAUUCCUCAAUUAUGCUAUCCAUAGCCUCCUGCCUCACAGCAAUGCGGCUGAGGCUGGAGGCACUUCGCAAGCUGCCUUCCUGCAAGCGUUUUCUUUGUCAUUCGAGGACUUCAAGCACAUCCGCAAUGCCCUUACAUUAUGUCACAUUCGCCAAUAUGGAUCCGACGUCACGGUUCUAUACGUUCUAGCAGAAUUGAACUUGGACCACCUCAUCCGCCUGGAACUUCUACGUACGCCACAGAUGUGGAAGCAAAUGGGAAGGUAUCACAGCCCAAUGGGUGCGGCUGUCUACUUGGGUAACACACUUGCAAUCAGGGCCUUACUUGGUUGCAAUACGAGUUCAGAUGCCUCUGUCGACAACUCCUUGCUUGAGGCUGGGGUUAUUGAUCGUAUGAAACAAUAUGUGGUCAACAGCAAGCGAAUCAAGAUGAAAAGAGGUUCUAUGGCUUUGUAUCUGGUGGAGUACGCUAUUAAACGUGGUCAUGUAGCCAUAUUAAAGCUCCUCUACCUCACUGGCAAAAUCGAUCUGAACCAUAAGCUCAACUGUCGUUCGCUACCGCUUAUCUGUGCGAUUAAGAGUGCCAAGGCAGAAAUUGUGGAAUUUUUGCUCAGCUGUGAUAGAGUCACUAUUGCCAGCCCCACAAACGCUUUGCAAGCUGCAAUCACUCGAGUCUUCGUUGGUUGGACUCCUACGGGGGAGUUGCCAUCCACUGGGCAGUAA